UUUUCCUACGAAAGUGCAAUUGCAACACACUCUCUCUCGCAAUUCCCAAACCAAACACGGAAAAUCCCCCCUCUUCUUCCCAACGACGCCGUCGCCUCGAGAGAACACUAUUUUGUCUAUUUAACACUAACAAACGCCGUCGUUUUGUCCUUAAAACCCGAUCCGGUAGACACGUACUCCCAUAGCUAAUUGUGAGAAUUUCGGUCACCUGUUUUAUUUUUUUUAUUUUGCCUUUUUCGGUUGCCCUCUCUUUAAAUGCUCCCUCCUAUUUUUUUUGUUCUCUCUCUCUCUCUCGUUUUUUGAAGACGAACAUUAAACAACCGUGAAGAAGCAGUUAAAGCAAACUGCGAAACGCUGAACAUUUGAAGCAAAUUAAAAUAAAGAAAAGAGAAGAAAUCAUCGUUGUUGUGGACAUUGUGUUUGUUUUCUAAGAAGAAUGGAAACUGUGUGUUUAAAAUCUGGGAUGGUUCCCACGAUCUCUAUUAGUGGGUCGCUGGAUGCACGUGCCAAUCCUUCUCAGGUGAGCACGGUGGGGCGCGCCGCCGCGGAUAAACCGCCGCAGAGGUCGGUGUUUUCGAGGUUUUCCUUUUGGUACCCUUUGGAAUCUCUCUGGCCUCGGGGGAACAACAGCAGGUACAAAGGGCUGGCCCUCGACGACGCCGUUUUGGCGGACAACAACGCCGAAGCGAAGGCCGUUAGAGAUGGCGGCCAGGGUGACGGAACGGAAAGGCAGACCGGAAACUGGGUUAUGAAGAUUCUGCAUGUGAAGUCCGUGUGGGAAGGGAAACAGCGCAAUGAAGAGGAUGGUACGGUUCAUGAUCAAACUCAAACCAAUUUCGACGAGGAGGAGGUGUGUGAAUGUGAUGCUUGCGGGGUUGAUGAAGAUGACGGCUACUGUGAAGAAGAAGAGGCUAAAUUCGAUAGAGGCUCGUUUUCGAGAAUGCUUCGGAGGGUAUCGUUAGGCGAAGCUAGAUUGUACGCUCAGAUGUCACACUUGGGGAACUUGGCUUACGAUAUACCUAGAAUCAAGCCAGGGAAACUCUUGAAACAUCAUGGUCUGCGCUUUGUAACUUCAUCGAUAGAGAAGAAGGAAUUGGCAGUGGCAGCAACAGCUGAAAAGGAUCCCCAGAAAGUUGGAUCUUCAAUAGAGAAGAAGGAAUUUGCAGCAAUUGCUGAAAAGGAUCCCCAGAAAGUUGGAUCUUCAACAGAGAAGAAGGAAUUUGCAGCAAUUGCUGAAAAGGAUCCCCAGAAAGUUGAAACUGAUGAGAAGGUAGAAGAAAAAGAAGAAACAAAGGAUCCAAAGAAUGCUGGAUACAAGAUAAGUGCAACUGCUGCUUAUAAUAUUGCUGCCUCUGCUGCCACUUAUCUGCAUUCUCAGACUAGUAGCAUAUUUCCAUUCAAAUCCUCAAAUGCUGUGACUGGUGAAGGUUCACUUGAAGGAAGCAAUGAAAGCCUUGACACUGUUAACAUGCUAAACACAGAGGUGGCAUCUUUGAUGGCAACUACUGAUUCAGUGACAGCAGUGGUUGCAGCAAAGGAGGAAGUAAAGCAGGCUGUUGCAGAUGAUCUGAACUCUGCACAUUCAACACCCUGUGAAUGGUUUGUCUGUGAUGAUGACCAGAGUGCUACAAGGUUUUUCGUUAUUCAGGGUUCUGAGACGUUGGCUUCAUGGCAAGCAAACCUACUCUUUGAGCCAAUUAAAUUUGAGGGUUUAGAUGUACUUGUGCACAGAGGUAUAUAUGAGGCUGCUAAAGGGAUAUAUCAACAGAUGUUGCCAGAAGUACGUGCUCACCUAAAAUCUCGAGGUUCUCGUGCAACUUUUCGUUUCACAGGCCAUUCUCUUGGUGGAAGCUUGGCAUUACUUGUGAAUCUCAUGCUAUUGAUAAGGAAUGAAGUGCCGGUCUCCUCUCUACUUCCUGUGAUAACAUUUGGUUCCCCAUCCAUCAUGUGUGGAGGUGAUAGUCUGCUAAAAAAAUUAGGUUUGCCUAGGAGCCAUGUUCAAGCAAUCACAAUGCACAGAGACAUAGUACCACGAGCAUUUUCUUGCAAUUACCCUAAUCAUGUUGCAGAACUAUUGAAGGCUGUCAAUGGGAACUUCCGUAGUCAUCCUUGUCUCAAUAAACAGAAGCUACUAUAUGCACCAAUGGGUAAUCUGCUGAUUCUGCAGCCAGAUGAGAAAUUUUCACCAAGCCAUCAUCUCCUACCAUCUGGCAGUGGUCUAUAUCUUUUGUGUUGUCCAUUAUCAGAAUCCGAUGACACAGAGAAGCGGCUCCGAGCUGCUCAGAUGGUCUUCUUAAACUCACCUCAUCCACUUGAGAUAUUAAGUGACCGAUCUGCUUAUGGAUCUGGAGGAAGUAUACAACGAGAUCAUGACAUGAACUCUUACUUAAAGUCUUUGAGAACUGUGAUUCGCAAAGAACUUAACCAGAUCCGUAAAGCUAAGAGGGAGCAACGGCGUAAGGUGUGGUGGCCUCUUCUGUUAUCUCGUGGAGCUGAUACCAGCAUUGUUGCUGGGAGGUCCAUGAUAUCAAUCAAUGUGGGUCAACGCCAGUCACCCUUCUCCAGCGUGAUACAAACAGGGAGAGAGUCCCUGAAAAGGUUCAGUAGGAUUGUUACAUCCCAACAUAUGCAUUUGUUUGUGUUGCUUUUGUUCCCUGCUCGGUUGUUGCUCUUGGGAACAUAUAGCGUAAUUAACCUCAAAUGAAUUUAUAAGAUGAUUCAUUAUUAAGCAUGGGGGACACAAUUGUAUAGGGCGAGGGCACAUGCUUUGUAGGACAUUACACAUUUAGACGAUUCUUUAUUCAUUGAUUUCAAAAUUGAAAUAUUGCGUUCUUACGAGUC